CCGGCAAGUCAUUGAGAAACAAGUUUGAAUACUUGUUGUCUUCCAUUGCAGACAGUUCCUAAGAUUCGAUUAUGUUUUGGAUUUAUAUCCUGUGACCGUGUUGCACUGCACUUUUCAUUUUACAUCGUUUUGAAACUGUUUUGUUACUAAUGGGGUUCCAGAAACACAACAAGAGUGUUUUGGUUCACUUGUUCAUUCUUUUCAUCUAUGUUUCCUCUGUUUUUGUGUCAGCAAGAGUUGUACAACCUCUCUUGCAAAAUUACGGAAAACCCAUUUUCAGAUCAAAUUUUCACUCUAUUUAUGAUACUUCAAACUAUGGUGUUUUUCACCUUAGUAAUGGUUUGGCUCUUACACCUCAGAUGGGAUGGAACAGCUGGAACUUCUUUGCAUGCAAUAUCAAUGAAACGGUUAUUAAGGAAACAGCUGAUGCACUGGUAUCAACUGGGUUGGCCAAGUUGGGUUAUGUGUACGUCAAUAUAGACGAUUGCUGGUCUUCUGUGACAAGAAAUUUAAAGGGUGACCUGGUCCCUGAUCGUAAGACAUUUCCAUCAGGAAUCAAAGCACUUGCCGAUUAUGUGCAUGGGAAGGGACUCAAGCUUGGCAUAUAUUCUGAUGCUGGGGCUUUUACAUGUCAAGUCCGACCAGGAUCAAUUUUCCACGAAAAUGAUGAUGCAGAUUUAUUUGCCUCUUGGGGCGUAGAUUAUUUGAAGUAUGACAAUUGUUACAAUCUGGGCAUCCCUCCAAAAAAACGAUAUCCACCUAUGCGCGAUGCCCUCAAUGAAACUGGUCGUAAAAUUUUCUAUUCAAUCUGUGAAUGGGGUGUUGACGAUCCUGCUUUAUGGGCAGGCACGGUUGGUAAUAGUUGGCGCACAACCGAUGACAUCAAUGAUACAUGGGCAAGCAUGACAACUAUUGCCGAUCUUAAUGAUCGGUGGGCUGCAUAUGCCGGUCCUGGAGGAUGGAAUGACCCAGAUAUGUUGGAAGUUGGCAAUGGUGGCAUGACUUACCAGGAAUACCGUGGUCACUUCAGCAUAUGGGCUUUAGCAAAGGCUCCUCUUUUGAUUGGCUGCGAUGUAAGAAAUAUGACCGCCGAAACAUUUGAAAUUUUAAGCAAUAAAGAAGUCAUUGCUAUAAAUCAAGACUCACUUGGAGUCCAAGGAAGGAAAGUUCAAGCUGCUGGAAUAGAUGGUUGUAGUCAGGUCUGGGCAGGUCCUUUAUCAGGAAAUCGUUUGACUGUUGCUCUUUGGAAUCGAUGCUCAAAAGUUGCGACUAUAACAGCAUCAUGGGAAGCACUUGGGCUUGAAUCUGGAAUUCAUGUUUCCGUGAGGGAUUUGUGGCAGCACAAGGUAUUAAAUGGCGAUGCAGUGUCAUCAUUCAGUGCUCGAGUUGAUUCUCAUGCUUGUGAACUGUACAUUUUCACUCCAUCUACAACAUCUUACUCUGCACUGUAGAUCUAAUUAACCCACCGAUGGGUUUUGGUCGAUCUGUAAAUCCAAAAUGAGCAUUGCAGGAUGUUCAUCAACUCAAUGAAUCUACGCUUGUUUAUUGUCGAUUCUUAAUUUUGUUUUCCAAAUCUUUUGUUGUUACUAGAAAUUAAGUCUUCCAUCUCAAAUAAAUUGUGUAGUGUAUAAGUGUGUCUACUCAUGAAUCAUGAUCACAUGAUUUAUGUCCAAAAUGUGGCCCUGGAUGGAUUUAUGGUGUUUUUAAAACGUAUAUGGUGUGAAGAUUAUGGUAAAACUAAAGAGAGAACAUGAUAAUUUAGAGUUUUUUAGCAUGA